GACAAAAGCCAGCUUACACAGUAACGCGGGGCCCAUCGGUGGCCUGAGCUCGCUAUAAAUCUCUUAAAUAAUCACACGGAUGCGACGCUGAGACACCCAUCAUCACAAAGGAACAAUGCGCGUCCCGUGGUGGGCCCUAGCCCUGCCAGCAGCAGCGCUAGUCGCCCCCACGAACGCGCCGCGACCACCCUCGCGCCGCUGCGCCGAGACACCGCCCGGCCGCGACGGCGCGCGCUGGCAGCCGCCGAAGCAGAAGAAGCGGCGGUGGACGCCGCCGAGCAAGCGCGGGGACAAGGGCGACGCGCCGCCCGUCGCCGACGCCGCGGCGGACCUGGCGCGCGAGGCCGCCGGAAUAGAAGCAGGAGCCGUCGUCGCGGACCCGCGGGCGUCCCUCGUCGCGCUGCCGCGCGGCGCGACGGGCGUCGAGUGGGGCACGGACCUGAGCUUCGUGGGCGUCUACGUGCGCGCGCUGCUGCCCGGCGGCGCGGCGGAGCAGUCCGGCGCCGUGGCGCCGGGCGACCAGCUCGUGGCCAUCGACGGCGAUGCCGUCUUCGACGCGACGUUCGACGCGGCGAUGGCGCGCCUCGCCGCCGUUGACGCGGAGGCGCGGCUCGAGUUCUUCCGCGGCGAUCGAACGGAGCUGCUCGCGGCCGUGGGCCGAUCACAGGCCGCGCCGGGCGCCGCGACGAUCACCGUCGACGACCGCGGCGAGCGGCGCGAGAUCGUCGUCGAGGCGGGCGCGAAUCUGAGGGACGCGCUCGUGAAGGACGGCAUCGACGUCUACCGCGGCACGACGGCCUGGACGAACUGCGCGGGCCACCAGAUGUGCGGCACGUGUAUUGUGGACGUCGUCGGCGGCGCCGCCGCGACGAACCGCAAAUCUAAUGAUGAGGAGGGCACGCUGAACCUCCAGGGCUGCGAGCCGUCCUGUAGAUUAUCCUGCGUCACCUUCGUCUACGGCGACGUCGAGGUGCGCGUGCGGCCGGACCGGGACGGGGGCUUCUUCGGGUCGGCGACGUCCGGUAGCGCGUGGUAAGCUUGCUAGUUUGU